AGAUCAGUAGAUGAUAAAUUAUUAAAUUAGCUUUCAGACUACUAAAACUAGUAAGGCAGCCAAGUAGUGUAAAAUACAGCUUUAUUUUGUAUAAACUAUUUUACUGUUAGUAUGCAACACUGUACGGUAACUCACUACGAUAGAAGGUAUCACUUUCACCUGAAAAGUAUAAAUUGAUAAGUUAUAAAGACCUUGUGAUUUCUAUUUCCUAAAGUUUUUGUUCAUAAUUUCACACAGAAAUUUAGAAUGGCUGGAAUGUUUGGUGUAAUUGUUUCUGGAAAAUUGGUUCAAACAAAUUUCGAAGCUGUUGGUGAUACCCGUUUUGUCAUAACUCUGCCUGAUGCUGAUAGUAUCAAUCACGUCGUGGUGUUCAUGACUGGAGCUCAGCCAUUUCCUGAUGACCUCGGUGGAGGAGUUUACUUCAGCUGGCCAUCACCAGAUGGGGCUCCUGAGUGGCAUUUCUUAGGUACCAUCACCAAUCAGAAACCAUCCGCCAUCUUUAAAAUCUCAGGCCUGAAGAAGACAUCAAUGCCAUCGGAGAAUCCCUUCCUGCUUUCACAUCCACAGCAAAGCUCACAUCAUGCCCAGAUUGGUAUUUCUGCUGAGCCUCUGUCUGUGGUGUGCGGCCUCACGCCCGCCACAGACGCAGCAAGCACCCAGAGCUGGCAGCUGGAAUUCGCCCGCUCUAUGUGCGAAAACCUUCACAAUUACAGCGCCAGUUACGCACGUUCUAUCCAACAACUGCCUUCGGCCGGCUAUGGUCCGAACGAGACCUUUGUGCCUUUAAGUUCUUUAGUAAAUUGGUACAACAAUUUCACAAGGAAACUACACCAGAACACCAAUUUCUGGAGAUCAUAGUUGCACUGUUUCAAUCUCAAUUCUAGAUUUUUUUUAGCACAGUUGCGGAUUGCUUCAUGUGUAAGAGUGUGUUUUCGCUUCACAUGCGAUGCGAUCUCUUUGUGUAGAUCUGAAAUCUUCAUGAUUAGGAUGACGUCUGUCGUAUGUUUGUUUGAACUUCAAAAAUUGCUGUAGGUAUUGAUAAGUUAUAACAAAAAUUCUGCCUAAAUGAUGAAUUGAAGUUAAUUGAAUGGAUUAUUAACGUCAAUAAAACGUGAAAAUUUGGUGUCUCAAAAAUUUCAAAAUGAACGUGAACCAACUUGUGUACAUUGUACAUGUUCCAUUAUUUGCAGAUGCACAAUUUUGUCAUCUAUUUUCAGCUUCUACCGGGUAAUGAACCAGCAACUAUUCAUGACAUUACGCAACGCGUAUUUUCAACAUGUUUUUUCGUCAAUAAUUUUUGUUCUCCAAUAACUAUCUGAUUCACAGCUGAUGGUGUAGGUUAUUAUGCACUUCCACCAACUAGAAUUCGUGUGAUAUGAAAUCGCUCGUCAAUGAAAUCUUAAUUAAAUUUC